CGGCCCCGGUGCAACGCACCCGCCGCGUUGUCGGCGCUCGGGCGCUGGUCUCAUGAGCUUCCGUACGCUGUUCGCGUGGUUAGCAUCCGCGGCGGACGACUACUCCUUGGGAAGGCUACCGAUCGGCGUUGCCCUGCAGCGUCUUUCACCGAGCGGGGAAGUUCGAAGACGGCAGUCUUUCGCGCUAGAAUAUUUCUGAUACAGGAGAAGAAAUGGACAAAGGCCGACCCGUGGUAACAAGGACAACGACCGCUAGAAGCUAUCGCACUCCGACGGCCAUUGGUGCCAGUGAUAGUGGCGAGCUUUUUUGCGGGUUCCUGAACUUGGCGGUUUUCAACACGAGGACAGGCAUCUACAAGGUCCUUGAAACGGCGCUGUCGAGCAUCUCGCUGUGCCUGAUCCUGUGGUACGGGACGCCCGUGUGGCUUUUGCUGGGACCUGCCUACCCGUUCUACCUUACAGCGGUCACCUGUUCGCUCAUGGGCUCCGCCACGUUCCUGCUGGCGUACCUCGUCUCCAGGAACACAUUCCUCGUAGCCAGGGGCACCGUGCUGGAGACGAUACAGAACGGCGUCUCCUUCCUACUCCUGGGCGGCUCGUCAGCGUUCCUGCUGGUGCAAACGUACUUCUUCCUAUGGCCAAUGUACUUGUUCAUCCCCUUCUUCCAGGCCUACCCCGCCAUGAUGGCUGCUGGUGUGCUGGGAGCAGCAGCUGCUGCAGUUCACUUCAUGGACUCGGUGCUGGCGUGCCGUAAUCUAAGGCAGUGAGCACCUGCAAAUAAACGUUUUUUUUA